AGAAAUCAUAAUUCAUUGGAGUUAAAUAAGAAAACUUAAAUUAAAAUGGGAAUCUGUUCAUCCUCUGCAUCUUCAGUGAUACACCAAGCAGAAGAUGGCCAUGAAAAUGGUAGCUUGGGAGACAAUAUUGUUUUUAACGGAGUUGACGGACUUGGUUCUGUUUACUCUAAAGUAGGAAGCAAAGGGCUAAACCAAGAUGCUGCCAUUCUUCAACUGGGGUAUGGAAUGGAAGAAGGAGCGUUUUGUGGCGUUUUUGAUGGGCAUGGAAAAAAUGGUCAUAUAGUAAGCAAAAUUGUUAGAAACAGUUUGCCAACACUCUUACUAACUCAGAAGAAUGCCUUGGCUAAGAUGAGACCAACUGGGUGUGCCAAUAAUGAACUUAAUUUAGUUCCAACCAAGAAAUUUCAACUAUGGAAAGAGGCUUCUAUCAGUGCCUUCAAGGUCAUGGACAAAGAGGUCAAGCUUCAAGAAACUAUUGAUUUCUCUUGCAGUGGCUCCACAGCUGUUGUUGUUGUUAGACAGGGUGAACAACUCGUUAUAGCUAAUCUUGGAGACUCAAGGGCGAUUUUAGGUACAAUAAGCGAGAAUGGAAUCGUGCCUGUGCAAUUAACCACAGAUUUGAAGCCUAAUGUACCAAGUGAAGCAGAGAGAAUAAGGAAGUGUAAUGGCAGAGUGCUUGCACUAAAGGAAGAACCACACAUUCAACGAGUGUGGCUGCCUCAUGAAGACUCACCAGGGCUAGCCAUGUCCAGAGCUUUUGGAGACUUCCUACUUAAAAAAUAUGGUGUAAUUGCAUUACCAGAUAUCUCUCAUCAACGAUUAACACCCGAUGAUCAGUUCAUCUUUCUGGCAAGCGACGGAGUAUGGGAUGUGCUGAGUAACAGUCAAGUUGUGUCGAUAGUGUGGGCAGCAGAUACCGAAGAAGCGGCAGCGAAGGCGGUAGUUGAGGCUGCUACGGCAGCAUGGAAGAAGAAGUUUCCGUCGUCUAAGGUAGAUGAUUGUACUGCAGUUUGCCUUUUCCUGCAUAAAAGGCAAUAAAAGAGUACAACCAGCAGCAAAGACAUGGUUUAUUAGCUCAAUCUCAGCAUUCUAUGACUACAAUGUGUAACUACAUUACUAUACAAGGAAACACUGAAUGUUCCACAUAGUUUACCAGUACUGUAAGUUUAUAGUCCGACUGAUGAUAGUAAAAUUUCAUUUAAAAAAAAUCCUGAAAGGAAAUUCUCUGCA